UCAAAUGUUUGGUUGUCCUGCGCGAAAAAUAUGACUUAAACCAACAUUCAGCAAUUUUUUAUGAACCUUUUUUUAUCUAGUUUAAUAAAAAUGAGCGUAUUGGGCAGAAUUGUUCAAUACUACUCGACCAAGACAAAUAUAAAAAUCGAAGAAAGUAAAUAAAAAUAUAUUGCAACGAAUUGUUUUCAAACUUCGUGUUUGAUGUAAUAAAGACACUUUUGUAAUGUGCCUGUAAACCUUUCAUUUAUUCAAGAGUCUAACUUAAUCGGACGUUAAAAUGUUCAGUCGGAUAACAUUGGCAAUUAUCAAACCGGACGUCUGUGCGUGUCCUCCAAAAUUGGCUCGAAUCAGGGAGCUUAUUAAUGAAAAUGGCUUUAAGGUACUUGCGGAACAGUACCGCAGGUACACGAUAAAGGAAAUGGAAACAUUUUACGAAGAGCACGCCGGAAAAUUUUUUUUCAACCGAUUGACAACGUAUAUGUCGUCAGGACCAGUUCUCGUGUGGAUACUUCAUCAAGGCGAAACAACAAUUCCCAACUGGAGAGCCCUUCUUGGACCUACAAAGGUUUUCAAAGCUGUUUUUGAAGAUCCCGACAGUUUGCGAGGCCAAUUUGGAUUGACGGACACUCGAAACGCGGCACACGGAUCCAAUUCGCCGGACAAUGUAAGGCGCGAAGUCCACUUUUUCUUUCCCGAUCUCACUGAGGAACGGUUAAGAACAUUGCUGUCGGAGGCGUCUUUUUCUUCUAGCUCAAAAUAAAUCUAAUUUUAUAUGUAAUUUUGCAGGUAUUUUAUUUAAAAUUUUAUCUAUAAUGGGUCUACCAGGUAUUUUCACUAUCAAGUGUUUAGACGAACCCGGUUUUAGAAGCUGGUGUACGUUUUUGCAGGGUGUGUUUUGCUUCUGUGUUUUACUCAUUUUUCUCAGAUGUGAACUGAAGUGUAACCGUCUUAUAAACAUUUUAAAUAGAUUUUUCGUGGUGUGGUCUUUAUUUUUUCGCUUAUUCGAUGAUGAGACAGUGAUGUGCUUAUUUUGAAAUCGGCAGCGAGAUCAGCUCAGAGACGAAUCGCCUACUCAUCUGCGUUAUUCGUAAAGGUCAUUUUAUAAAAGGUAUGUAACAGGGAUUACAGAUAUCUUUCCAAAGCAUCAUAGCUUCCUUCAACAUAGUACCAAAAUAAAUACCCCUACCAAGAAGAAUAGUCCUAGAUAGAGCUCAUCAACAACGAGUAUUUUAAAUCGUGAUUGAUUCCUGUAUGCUUCAUUUACCAAGUUCAUAUUUUUACGCAUGGCGACCUUCAUGCAAACCAGAAAAAUAGUCUCAGCACCUUUUUGCAUAGCCGCUUGACUUAACUUCCUAGGUUAAGUGGCUGGUCAA